UCUGAGGACACACACACACACACACACACACCCUCUCUCACAUACAGUAUACACUCGCAGCUGUUGAUACUCCUCUCACAGUCGAACACUGUGGCAGUGGAGGAGAAGAGCCUGCAGGAGUCUGAGAGAAUCUCCUGCCUGGAAUAUCUGGACAGACGAGUGGACCGACUGUCACCGGUGCCUGGCUUCCACGUUGCCUCUCUCACGUCUUGCUCUUUAACCCUUUUACGUCUCCCGGCGUCUCUGUGGAACUCGGUGUUGGAGUUUUUGAGCAGAGAUAGCGAGCAGAGCAAGAGCAGAGUAAAAUAGAGACAUGUGUGUUGCCUCAGCCGCCUACUGCCACUGCCUGCUCUCUCCCAUUCACUGACUGAGAACGAAAUACAAGGUGAGAGUCAAGCAGCGGCCAUAGAGUGUACAAGUGAGGUGCGGCCAACAUGAGCACGGACAACCAUGAGGUGGUGGUGACCACGCCUCCUCCGUCAGGCGGAGGAACCAAGGAGCGCUACUUUGAUCGGGUCAACGUCAAUGAUCCCGAGUACAUCAGGUCCAGGAACAUGUCACCUGACCUUCGGCAGGACUUCAACGUUCUGGAGCAGAAGAAACGCGUCACACAGAUACUACAGAGCCCUGCCUUCAAGGAGGAGUUGGAGAGUCUGAUCCAGGAACAGCAGCGUAAGGGGAACAACCCCACUGGCCUUCUUGCCCUCAGACAGAUCGCUGACUUCUUCAUGGCAAGCUCAGUGGCUGGUUUUAACACCUCCCCUCUCAGUCUGGGGAUGGUCACUCCCAUCAACGACAUGUAUGGGGUGGAAUCCACCACGUUGGUGAAAGGCGAGAAGCUGAUACGCUGUAAGCUGGCCAGCCUCUACAGACUGGUGGACCUGUUCAGCUGGGCACACUUCGCCAGCGCUUACAUCACAGCUCGAGUCAGUAAAGAGCAAGACCACAUUCUUAUCAUCCCCAGAGGAUUGUCGUUCGCUGAGGCAUCUGCAUCAAACCUGGUGAAGGUCAACAUCAUCGGGAAUGUGAUCGAACAGGGCACCACCAACCUGAGGAUGGACCCUGUGGGCUUCAGCCCCCAUGCUGCCAUCUACUCCAUGCGUCCAGACAUACGCUGCAUCAUCCAUGUGCACACGCCUGCCAUGGCUGCUGUGUCGUCUAUGAAGUGCGGCAUCCUGCCCAUUUCCCAGGAGUCGUUGAUCCUGGGUGACAUCGCCUACUACAACUACCAGGGCAGCCUGGAUGACCAGGAGGAGCGCAGAGACCUGCAGAAGGCCCUGGGGCCAACGGCAAAGGUUUUGGUGCUGCGGAAUCACGGCAUGGUCGCGCUCGGAGAAACCAUCGAAGAGGCCUUUCAUUACAUCUACAAUGUCCAGUAUGCCUGUGAAAUCCAGGUGAAUGCCAUCUCAUGUGCCGGCAGCGUGGACAACCUGAUCGUGCUGGAACGGGACAAGUACAAAACAACAGUGGUCGGUGUGGCUGAAGCGGGUAUCAGCAUGGGGAGCCAGGUCAAGUGGAAGCUGGGAGAGCUGGAGUUUGAGUCUCUGAUGAGGAUGCUGGAUAACCUGGGUUACCGCACAGGUUACACCCACAGGCACCCCGUCGUCCGGGACAAGCCCAGGCACAAGAGCGAGGUGGAGAUCCCUGCCACCGUCACGGCGUUUAUGUUCGAGGAGGACGGGGACUGCGGUGCCACACGUCUGCCCUUCAAGUUCUUGCAGCAACGACAGCAGAGGGAGAAGACGCGCUGGCUCAACUCACCCAACAGCUACACCAAGGUCAACGUGGAGGGUGGAGAGGAGCGCUACAACAGCCGGACAACCACAUGGAUGAAGGCGGAGGAGACAGGAACCCCGAUCAGGAUCGAGGACCCCAAUCAGUUUGUCCCUCUCAACACAAAUCCCACUGAUGUGCUGGAGAAGAGGAACAAAAUCAGAGAACAGAACCGGUGUGAUGUGAUGACAUCUGGUCCACGCUCUCAGGCCCUUGCAGGAAUCCCUGUUGACCAACCACGACGGAAGGAUGUGGUGCAGAUAAAGGUUCUGCCAUACGUGCCCACAGAGGAGGAACAGAUGGCUCCCCUGCCACCCAACCCCUUCAGUGAGCUGGCGGAGAAGGACCUCAAUGAGUACCGCAAGAACGUCGAGGGAAAGCAACCGGGCCUCAGUGAUGGCGAGCACGAGCUUACCUCCGACGACGGCUCCACUCUCUCUCAGUCUCUGUCUCUCACCCAGUCCCUGCAAAGCACUCCAGCUAGAGAAGAGAACCACAUGAUGAACGGCAAAGACACGCACGCCGACGCGGACGAGGAGCUGUCCAAGCGCGUCAGUCAGCUGACCACCAGCGUGGAGAGCGUGGAAAUAACGGUGCGCUCCGGGGACAAGAUCGAGGAGGCGCUGUCUCCGGAGAGCUCGCCCUCCAAGUCGCCCAACAGCAAGAAGAAGAAGAAGUUCCGCACCCCGUCCUUCCUGAAGAAGAACAAAAAGAAAGAGAAGACCGAGGCCUGAUAUCACAUGUGCAGCGCGGGGAGGAAAACCCACUGCAUGGAAGGAGAAAGAGGGGCAGCGUCCCCAUGUUCUGUGUCAAUGUCUGUGUUUUUAUUUUUGUCUCUGUUUUCAGCAGUUUUUCAUUUUAUUAGAAUUUUUUUUUUUUGGUGCAAAAAGGUGAUGGAAAGGAUAACAGAGAAGAAAAAACAAAAAGGAAUUGGUUUGUAACCGUAAAAAUCAUUUUGGGGUGGAUGUGUGGAUCCACACGGUGACAUGGGGGCAGGUGUUGUGCAUCUACACACCUGAGAAGAGAAGAAGAAGAAGAAGAAGAGAACCUGCCGUUAGGCCACAUUUGAGUCUGUUCACAUCCCGGAGAACUUGCGUCUCCUGAGUUGUUUCCCUGAACUUGAAACCACGUAGCAUUUCUUUUAUUUUUUUUUUUUAUUUUAAUUUUUAUUUGUAAGCUUCAAAAUCCAAGUGUUAUGUAACGAUUGGAUUUACAACCUGAAUGUUGUAAAACUGCACAAGUCGAAACAAAAGCUUAAAUUUGCCCCCGUUUCACCUGACGCAGCUGCACCGGGAACUGAGAGGUCACACUGGAGAAGUGUUUGUGUCGGGUUCAUUUACUGUGGGAGACGUUCUUCUUUCUCUCAGCUCUCGCUUUACUCUCUCUCUCUCUCUUCCGGCUUCUUGCGGCGCGGGCCGAGUGUUUGUGAACUUGAGUUAACUUGUUGUUAAACUGGACGAGAUGGCGAGGAGAUGAAGGCUGACGCUGACGUCAUCUCAAAAGAGCUGCCGACCCAUUCACUCUAUUUUUUUAUGUAGCAUUUUCAUAUCUUGUCGUCAUCUCAGUGGCUUUUGCCAAACUAAAUGAAACAAAAACAAA